UUUCCGUAUAUCCGCGAAUAUCGAACGUCCAACGUCAAACCAACUUUAUUCCAGUACUAAACGGAAAGAGUAAAGCAGUUAGCUCCUAUCGAGAAGAAACCCUUAUUUUCACAUUAAUUUCUGAAUUUAACUGCAGGAUAUUCACUGACUCUGGAAUAUAAAUACAGACAAUUCUCACUCCCUGAAAAGUGGCAAGUAAAAUAAAGGAGGAAGGAAAUGUCUGAAUCUUCAUCACCAACAAAAGGCAGAAGAAAGAGGAGCAUGGAUAAGCUAGAAUCAUUUUCUUGUGACUCCAGCAGUCUCCUGUCUGAAGAUCAGCUGCAGUGUUCGAUAUGUCUGGAUGUGUUCACUGAACCAGUCACCACUCUAUGUGGACACAACUUCUGCAAGAGCUGCCUUACACAGUGGUGGGAGAAGAGUCAACACUGUUACUGUCCAUUAUGUAAAGAGAAAUUCACCAAGAAACCUGAACUGAAGAUAAAUACAACACUGAGAGAGAUUGCAGAUAACUUCAAGAAGAAAAGUGGUCCUGACAAACCUGAGCUUCUUUGUGAUGCCUGCACUGGAGAGAAGCUGAAGGAACUGAAAUCCUGUCUGGAUUGUGUUCUGAGUUUGUGUGAAACUCAUCUAGAACCUCAUAAUCAUGUUCCAAGACUUAAGAAACGCAAACUAAUAAACCCCGUGGAGAACCUGGAGGACUACAUAUGCCAGAAUGUUCCAUAUGUAGUUCCUAUAGAGGAGGAGAGCAGAGAGAGGAAGACACAGCUGGAGAAAACACUCAGAGAUGUGCAGCAGAUGAUUCAGGACCGACUGAAGAAGAUCCAAGAGAUGAAACACUCAGUAGAGCUCAGCAAAGUGUGUAGGAUAUAUUUUGCAAAACUCCCUAAAACACUCAAUGACAAGUUUAAGGAAACAGUUUCCACAGAACUGAAGAGGAUUCAGCAGUAUGCAGUGGAUGUGACUCUGGAUCCUGAUACAGCUCAUCCAUAUCUCAUCCUGUCUGCUGAUGGAAAACAAGUGACACUUGGAGACACAGAACAGGAUCUCCCUGAUACACCACAGAGGUUCGAUGAAUGUGUCUGUGUUCUGGGAAAGCAGAGUUUCUCCUCAGGGAGAUUUUAUUAUGAGGUGCAGGUCAGAGGGAAAACUGACUGGACAUUAGGAGUCGCGAGAGAGAACAUUAACAGGAACGGGAAGAUUACACUGAGACCUCAGAAUGGAUUCUGGACUGUGAUACUGAGGAAUGAGAAUCGGUAUACAGCUUGUGUUGGUCCCCCUGUCCCCCUCACACUGAGAGAGAAGGUGGAGACGGUGGGAAUGUUUGUGGAUUAUGAGGAGGGUCUGGUCUCCUUUUAUGAUGUGAAGUCCAGCUCUCAUAUCUACUCUUUCACUGGUCAGUCUUUCACUGACAAACUCUAUCCUUACUUCAGUCCUUGUUUAAAUGAAGGAGGUAAAAAUUCAGCACCACUGAUCAUCUCUCCUGUAUUUAACACUGAAUGAAUUUUCACCUCACAGAUUUAAUCAUUUAUUAAAUGGUGAGAAUAAAAAUAAAUAUUUGACUUUUUCUGGCAAAUUUCAGAAAUGCAUGUUCCCUUUCACAGUUUUUUUUUUUUUUUUUUACACAUGAUU